CGUCCGGAAGCGCCCCCACGUGUCCUCCCACCUCGGUUCUGGGACCUCUGAUCUUGCCGUCACCCAUCAUGGGUCGCUCCCGCCGAACGGGCGCGCACCGAGCGCACUCCUUGGCCCGUCAGAUGAAGGCGAAGCGGCGGCGGCCGGACCUGGAUGAGAUUCACCGCGAGUUGCGGCCCCAGGUCGCCGCACGGCCCCGGCCAGACCCAGGCGCUGAACCCGAUCCCGACCUGCCAGGGGGAGGCCUGCAUCGCUGUCUGGCCUGCGCGAGGUACUUCAUCGAUUCUGCCAACCUGAAGACCCACUUCCGAUCCAAAGAUCACAAGAAGAGGCUGAAGCAGCUGAGUGUGGAGCCCUACAGUCAGGAAGAAGCGGAGAGGGCAGCGGGCAUGGGUUCCUAUAUUCCUCCCCAGCGGCUGGCAGUCCCCACAGAAGUAUCCACUGAGGUCCCUGAGAUGGACACGUCUUCAUGACAUGGCCUGAGGAUGCAAGGCAGAGGAGCUGCCCAUGGACAGUGGUACAGGGGCCAAGCUGGGAGAGACUGUGCGAAUCUCUUUUGGUUUGGGGAGUGGAUGGCCUCUUCCAGAUACCCUCCCUUCCAAUAAAAGAGAUGGAUAAAUA